GACAAGUACUGUGCAGUCCGAGUCUCCUUCCCUUACUUUUGCAAUGGCUCCUGCCGGUCUUUCUGCCAAGAAAACGAAUACUCCUGUUUCACUUCGCAGCGUGCACGUGGAGGCAACAGUCCGUGGCUAUACAGCUAGUGUCGCGUCUACUCUCGAGUAUGACAAUCAGGAAGAACAUCCGAUCGAGGCCGUAUUCACUUUCCCAUUAGAUGCUUCGUCUGCGGUCGUCAGCUUUGCAGCCACUAUACAAGACAGGAAGAUCAUUGGAGUAAUACAAGAGAAGCAAACGGCUAGAGAAACGUACGAUGACGCCAUCACUAGUGGCCGGUCAGCAUUUCUUAUGGAAUCAGAACGGAAAGACAUUUUCACUAUAGCUGUGGGAAACUUGCCACCAAAUGAAAAGGCAGAAAUAACUGUAGCUUUUGUAAUGGAAUUGCCUACCGAGCACGAUGGGUCUGUGCUGUUUAAUCUACCAUCUGUGUUGAAGCCACGCUACAGCCCAGUGGAGGAAUCCAUGUCUGAAGAAUCCAGUAAUCCCACUGUUAGUGUCACCUACCUUCCAGCUCAUGCUAUUCCAUACACAUUUGAUUUUGGCAUGAACGUUCAUGCUGAUGUUGAUAAAGUGGAGUCCACAACCCAUAAACUAGAUAUUCAUCAAUCCACUGACAAAGAAGGAUAUCAGCUGACAACAGUCAAGUUAGCUGAAAACCAUCACUUUGACAAAGAUCUGGCGAUAACAAUUUCACCAAGCCAGCCUCACCGGCCUCAUGCCAUUGUAGAGCAUGGUAGCAGAGAUAUGUCUGGUGUCCCAUUCCUCAUGAAUCCAGCCAUUACGCUGAAUUACUUUCCCGACUUUUCUUCGGCUGAAACAUUGUGUGAGCUUAUCUUUGUCAUUGACCGAAGUGGCAGUAUGCGGGGAGAGUACAUCGAGGCGGCUAAAAGCACACUCAUACUGUUCCUCAAGAGUAUCUCUGAAGGAUGUCAUUUUAAUAUUGUGGGUUUUGGUUCCAGUUACGAGUCAUUAUUUCAAGAGAGUGCUCCAUAUGACCAGAAACAUCUCGACCAAGCAUCUGCUCAUACAGAGUCUAUCCAGGCUGAUAUGGGUGGCACUAACCUACUUCCACCUCUUCAGGAAAUCUUCAAGAUGCCAUCCAUCAAGGGCCUUCCCAAGCAAGUGUUUGUGUUGACUGAUGGAGCAGUUUCCGAUACUACUAGUGUCAUCAAACUAGUAAAGAAAAAUUCUCACAUUGCUAGGUGUUUUGCUGUGGGUAUUGGAUCGGGAGCCUCAACUGCUCUGGUGAAAGGCAUAGCUGAUGCUGGAUGUGGAUCCAGUGAAUUUGUAAAAUCAGGCGAGAAAAUGCAACCAAAAGUCAUUAGAAUGCUGAAAAGGGCUCUUACUCCCUCUCUUUCUGACGUUCACAUUGACUGGUCGCUUCCUCCUGGAAUGGUGAUUCAGGCUCCAUCAAAGGUCUCUCCUGUGUUCAGUGGUGAUCGUCUUAUCAUAUAUGGUCUGCUGUCAAAUGUUACAGCUGCAUCUCCACAUGUGGAAUAUCAUGCCACUUUGCGAGGUGUCAUUAGUGGUGAUCCAUUCACAUGGUCGGUUGCCUUUUCUUGUCACCCUGAAGCACGUGAAAUGAAUAAGACCAUCCACCAACUGGCGGCAAAGUCCAUCAUCCAUGACUUACAAGAGGACGAAUUAGCAGUCGAGUCAGAGAAGAUACUGAAGUCACUCUUGACUAAAGAAGGAAUGAAGCCUCCAGAUGCAAAGAAGGAAUUAUUAGUUCAGCUAAGUGUUGCUGCUAACGUGAUAUCACAAGAGACUGCAUUUGUGGCUGUUGACGAAGGUAGAAUGGAACCAAUACAGGGGGGCUUGCAGUUGCAGCAAGUGCCGAUAACGAUGCACUCUAUAGUUUUCGAACAAAUACAAAUGCAUUGUAGGGAUAGGGAAUUGCCUGCAUCUUCAUCCCGACGUAAACGACGUAAACGUGGCUAUUUACCAACAUCAUGUAGUUAUUCACCAACACCUAAAUAUUCACCAACAUCACCUAGCUAUUCACCAACAUCACCUAGUUAUUCACCAACAUCACCUAGUUAUUCACCAACAUCACCUACUUAUUCAACAACAGCACAUCAUUUGCAGAAUUUACGUGAACGACUAAGCCACAAGCCACAAGCCACUGCCCACUUAUAUAUGCAUGAUGAAGGAGAUCAGGAUGAGUGGGAAAAAUAUGAUUGUGGAGCAAGCACUCAUUCUGCCAAGGUUGAAGAUCCUACUGUAUCUCCAAGUGUUUUCUUAGCAAUGGUGUCUGAGCAAAGAGCAUCUGGAGCAUGGCAGUUGAAUAGCACCAUUGCAAAAUUACUGAAUAAGUCUGUUGCUGACAUGGAGGCCAUGUCACCAUUUAACAAGUCACAGUCUGAGUCACUCUCGACCAUCUGGGCAACGUGCAUAGUAAUAGCUUGGCUUGAGCUGAAGUGUGCUGAUCUAAAAGAUGAAUGGGAGAUAUUGGCAAACAAGGCAAAUGCAUGGUUAAAGAAACAGUCAUUCCCCCAGCUUUUCACCUUUGACAGUGUUCUUGAUGUGGCAAGAAAGUUAUUUUGAUGUAGUUAAAGAGUGCAAGUGUCGCUGCCUCUGAAGUUUGAUAUGUUUCUGUGGUGAUUUAGAUUUGUAGUGUGGAAUUGCUGCAUUUUUUUAGAUCAAACUGUCAAGCAGAGACAUUACAAUCGCUGCUAUCAGUUGAAAAUAGAGCUAAUGCUAUGCAGGUUGAGAUCUAUGAAUAUACUGGCAACAGUACAGAGUCCUAAUUU